GUGUGUGUGUGUGUGCCCCGCCCACUGACCCACUCCCUCCUCCUGCUAUAUAACCGCAGUUUGACAGCUCACAGUUUACUGAGCAGGAGGAAUCAGACGGGACUCCCUGCAGCUUUCAGCCGCUUCUCUCUGCUUCUCUCUUUGCUCUGGAUCAGAAAUAAUAAAACCUGUUACCCUCACGUUACUCACCGAUCUUCUGCGCAGCAAUUCGGCGCAUGUGUGGAGGUCUAUUACCCCCUCUCACUCAGCCGAGGACCGGGCACUUGAAAGCUGACUUUUGUGUCCAAAACUGAAUUCUCGGGAGUUUUAUCGCCAUGUAUGCUCGGGUUUAGAUCCUCCAUGGAGCUCUCUAACCUGUACGAGGUCGCGCCCCGGCCCCUGAUGAGCAGCCUGACCCACGGACAGCAGCCCUCCUCCGGCUACAGAGACCCGGCCGACCUCGGCGGUGACAUCGGAGACAGCGAGACCUCCAUCGACCUGAGCGCCUACAUCGAUCCGUCGGCGUUCAACGACGACUUUCUGGCCGACUUGUUCCACCACAGCUCCCGGCAGGACAAACUCAAGAUCAUGAACGGGGAGUACGAGUCCGUGCCGUCGUGUGUCGGCGGUCCGGGACCCCAGCAGCAGCCGCCGCAGCACCCCUACAUGUCCAACUACAUGGAGUCCAAGAUGGAGCCUCUGUACGAGCACAAUCCGCGUAGAAUCCGUCCAGUGGCGAUCAAGCAGGAGCCGCGAGACGAUGACGACAUGAACCCGGGAAUGCCUCCGACCUAUCACCACCCGCACGCGCAGCAGUACUCCCAACAGCAGCCCCAGCAGCCGCAUCUCCAGUACCAGAUCCAGCACUGUGCUCAGACCACAAUGCACCUCCAGCCGGGUCACCCGACCCCCCCGCCGACCCCGGUGCCUAGCCCGCAUCAACACCACCCCCACCCGCACCACCACGCGCACCACCACGCUCACCAGGGCGCCAUGAAGCUGCUGGAACACCCGCGGGGCAGCAGCAGCGGCAGCAGCGGCAGCGGCAGCGGCAGCGAGAAAGGCGGGAAAUCCAAGAAGAACGUGGACAAGAACAGCCCGGAGUACCGGCUGAGGCGCGAGCGCAACAACGUGGCCGUGCGCAAAAGCCGAGACAAGGCGAAGAUUCGGAACAUGGAGACGCAGCACAAAGUCGUGGAGCUGACCACGGACAACGACCGGCUGCGGCGGAGGGUGGAGCAUCUGACCCGCGAGCUGGACACGUUACGGGGCAUCUUCCGACAGCUACCCGACGGGUCCUUCAAACCCCCGGGCAGCUGAGAGGCACCGAGCCGCCGCCGCCGCCGCCGGACCAACAGCAGGUGUCCUGUUGCCAAAAAGUGAUCCUGAGGAAAACUCCAUGUUACUGGAUGUAUUACCCCUUUAAAAAGGUAUUUUUUUAACCGAUUAGAAAGGUAUGAGUGGGUUGUAAACUGUCAGAUAAAAUCCUCAUGAAUACAUGAGAUAGAGGAAAAACCUUUUUAAACACAAGUUAUUAGCUGUGAUCACUUUUUGGCAAGUGCAAAAGUGCAUUUUAUGGGUUGUAGGCUAUUGGACCUUUUUAAAAAUGUAUUUUUUUAACAGAUAAAAAAACAUAUUUGAGGGUUAUAAUCUGUCAGAUAAAAGCCUCAUGAAUGAAAUCAAGUCAUUUUGGGGCAGAAACAACCUUUUAAACACAAGGUAGAAGCUGCGAUCACUUUUUAGCAAGCGCAAAAGUGCAUAUUAUGGGUUGCAUUGGCCCUUUUAAAAAGUUUUUUUUUUUUUUUUUUUUUACAGAUAAUACAGUCUGUGCAGGCUGUAAUCUGCCAGAUAAGCCUUAUCUCUAAAUCAAGUCAGUUUGAGGCAGAAACAACCUUUCAAACGCAAAGCUGGGGGCUGUGCAUGAUCACUUUUUGGCAAGUGUAAAAAGUGCAUUUUAAGGGUUGUACUGGCCCCUUUUACAACAGAUUAAAAGCUGGGGGCCGCGGGCACUUAUUUGCAAGCGCAAAAGUGUAAAAAGUGCAUUUUAAGGGUUGUACUGGCCCUUUAAAUGUUAUGUUUUGGGCUAUAAUCUGUCAGAUGAGACAGAAAACAUUUCAAACACAAAGUAGGGGCUGCAAGCACUUCUUUGCAAGUGCAGAAAAAGGGCUGGAUUGUUUUGUUUUUUUGGCGAGACGAUCACUUUUUGGCACAACACCCGUCUGUACACCGGGGCUGGAGAUGGACUUUUUUUUGGGGGGAUUUAAACUCUUUCUUUUCUACGUGUUUUUCAUGUGUGGAUGGACUCUAAAGGCUCCAAUCAUUCGUCUUUACCUGAAAACAUGACAGCCGUCUGCACAGAAAUGACUUUUUUUUUGAGUUUUGAACACUUUCGGAGCCAAAAAAAGCUGAAACGGUUGAACUUCUGCUUCCAGAAAAUGACAGUUUUUACGUAAAACAAGGAGACUUUUUUUUGGGAGCCAAAGUGUUGAGACAGUCGAACUUUUAAAGAGUCCAGAAAGUUCUCCAAAAAAACCAAGGACUGGAAACAGGUGAUUACGUGUCACCGUCAUCUCAUUGGCUGAUCCUGUUUCACCUGUUUGUGACGCAGCCGCAGAGACACAAUGACUCGUUUUUUUGUUUUGAUUUUGUUUUUUUGCAGUUUUUAAUGUGCCUUCUUUAAAAAAAAAAAAUACAAAAAAACUUUAUUGUGCAAAAAAAAAAGCCGAUAAGCUCCAGCAAAUAAUAAGCAGAGGGUUGGCUGUUUACGGUGCCUUGUUGUUCAGACACGGAGCGUGUUACGAGACGCACUCAACUCGCAUAUCAGUGCAGCUAAAGCAGGGCCAGAGAUAAGGAGACAGCCGUGGAACAAGAAUUUGGCAGCCUGUGCUCUGCUAAAGGGGUGGAGAUGUUAACAUGUAAGUUUGGUUUAAAUUCUGCUGAAUUUAGAGCACUGUUGACACCCUGAGUUGUGUUCAAAUGUGUUUUAAAAUCUGCAGAAUUUAGAGGACUGUUGACACCCUGAGUUGUGUUCAAAUGUGUUUUAAAAUCUGCAGAAUUUAGAGGACUGUUGACACCCUAAGUUGUGUUCAAAUGUGUUUUAAAAUCUGCAGAAUUUAGAGGACUGUUGACACCCUAAGUUGUGUUCAAAUGUGUUUUAAAAUCUGCAGAAUUUAGAGCACUGUUGACACCCUAAAUUGUGUUCAAAUGUGUUUUAAAAUCUGCAGAAUUUAGAGGACUGUUGACACCCUAAGUUGUGUUCAAAUGUGUUUUAAAAUCUGCAGAAUUUAGACAACUGUUGACACCCUGAGUUGUGUUCAAAUGUGCAGGAAAGGUCUGCAGAAUUCAUGCUAGUGCACAUUCUUUUUUAACAGUUUUCUGCGCUGCAAGGAGAAGAAAUUCGUUUGCACAUAACUCAGGGUGUCAACAGUAACUGACACCCUGAGUUAUGUGCAAACGAAUUAAAACUGCAGAAUUUAGAGGACUGUUGACACCCUGAGUUGUGUUCAAAAGCUGCAGGAAAAGUCUGCAGAAUUCAUGCUAUAAUUGCAGUUUUCAGCGGUGAAACUAGAAGAAAUUCUGCAGAAUUUAGAGGACUGUGUUGACACCCUGAAGUUGUGUUCAAAUGUGUUUAAAUUCUGCAGGAGUUCACGCUUCUGCAGACUUUGUGUGGCCCUGAUAAUCCGCCCGUCGUUGUUGUCGUUGUUGUUGUUGUUGUUGUUGUGCAUGUUUUUGGAGAAUCUGUCCGUGUGUUUUCUACAAGUUAAAAGCAUCCUCGUCAUCGCUCGCAUAUAAAAGGCUGAACUUUA